UCUUGAUGUUCUUCCACCUUUCAGACUUUCAGUACCGCUCCCCGCUUUCUCCGCGGGAAUGGCGUUUUCUUCCUCAUUUUCCCGCUUAAACCUCAUCCCCAAACCUUCGCUUCCUUACGCCAUGACUUCUUUGAGAGCGCUGAACCUGAACCUCCACAAGCUAUUACGAACCAAAUGGAUGGAACCAGGUAUGUCAAUGAAUGGUUCAUCUGCCCGAUUUUCCGUUUCGAAAAUUAUGAGCUCUGCUGGACUCCACACUCAGAUUUCAAGGCCGCAAGACGAUUUGAUUGUUCUUGGCAUCGAAACGAGCUGCGACGAUACUGCGGCUGCCAUUGUGAAGGGCAAUGGCGAAAUUCUUAGCCAAGUCGUUGCUUCUCAGGCGGAGCUGCUUGCUCGUUAUGGAGGCGUUGCGCCUAAAAUGGCAGAAGAAGCGCACGCACAAGUGAUUGACAAGGUGGUGCAGGAAACAAUGGAAAAGGCUAACUUAACAGAAAGGGAUUUAUCUGCAGUUGCUGUAACCAUUGGUCCCGGUUUGAGCCUCUGCCUCCGUGUUGGUGUGCAGAAGGCACGUAGAAUUGCCGGUAGCUAUAGUCUACCAAUUGUUGGGGUACAUCACAUGGAGGCUCAUGCUCUGGUAGCUAGAUUAGUCGAACGGGAGUUGCAAUUUCCUUUCAUGGCAUUGCUCAUUUCUGGGGGACACAACUUACUUGUUCUUGCCCAAGAUCUUGGCCAGUACAUACAACUUGGAACAACAAUAGACGAUGCAAUUGGGGAGGCAUAUGACAAGACUGCCAAAUGGCUUGGUCUUGAUCUGAGGAGGAGUGGUGGGCCGGCUAUAGAGGAGCUUGCUAGAGAGGGAGAUCCACAAUCAUUCAAGUUCUCAACUCCCAUGAAGCAACAUAAAGAUUGCAACUUCUCCUAUGCGGGGCUGAAGACUCAAGUCAGGCUGGCUAUUGAAUCCAGAAACAUUGAUGCAAAAGUUCCUAUUUCUUCUGAAAGCAGCCAAGACAGAAGUUUGAGGGCUGAUAUUGCUGCCUCUUUUCAGCGUGUUGCAGUGCUUCAUCUUGAGGAAAGGUGUGAGCGAGCAAUUGAAUGGGCAUUGAAGAUUGAACCAUCCAUAAGACAUUUGGUAGUCUCAGGAGGUGUUGCAUCAAAUAAGUACAUUAGGACUCGACUUACCGAGGUCGUCAGGAAGAAGGGCCUGCAGCUUGUCUGCCCUCCUCCCAGUCUCUGCACUGAUAAUGGUGUAAUGGUGGCCUGGACAGGCCUUGAGCACUACUGCGUCGGGAGAUUCGAUCCUCCACCGCCAGUUGAUGAACCAGAAGAUACUAUGUAUGAUGUGCGACCGAGGUGGCCGUUGGGAGAAGAAUACACAGAGGGAAGGAGUGUAGCUCGCUCCCUAAGAACAGCCCGAAUCCAUCCAUCCCUUACGUCAAUCAUCCAGGCAUCUCUACAGCAACAACAGUAGCUAUUAGCUUCAGUUUCCAACUUCACUCAAAAGGGAUUUGCAUUCUUUUGCUCCUCUUCUUCUCUGUGAUAUUUCUCAGGCAACAAACGGAAUCAUACCGGAGCUCUAUGAAGAUGCUGGGCGUCGAUGCGGUACUUCAAACACUUGAAGCAUUCUGUUAAGUUAUUGGGGGGUUUCAUGAGUUAUGCCAUCAUCAACAUGUUAUGUUUUUGUUGGUUUCACUUGUAUGGUUCUAUCAUAAUGUUGCCGCUUAUAUAUUCUACUGUGAGAUACUCUUCUUCUUUUUUUUUCAUAAAAAACUGGGAUAUGUUUAUUUGAGCCAAAAAAAAAAUUACAUAACUUGAAAGAUCAUUGAUCUUUCAACCGGAAGAAAAAGAAGAAAUGGUAGAUGUCAUUUAAAUUUAGCUUGGUUGGUGCUUGGAAUAUUUGUAAAUACAUAUUCAUGAGUGUAAUUAUAAUACAAUAUUUAUUUUGUA